UAACCGUGCCGCACCCGGUUCUACUCGAGAGGGAGAUCUCACGGCCGUCGAAACCGGGUUGACAGAAUUCUCCCGUCUUGGAGCUCGUCACUUGUCUCUAUCCUAACCCUUUCCCCUUGGCAUCCGCAAACCAGACAGACAGACAAGAUGAAGGCCUCCGUGUUGCUGUCUACCACCCUCAUGGGUCUGGCGUCCGCCGUGCCCAUGACCUUCGAUCUCUCAGAGGACAUGAUCGAGAAGCUCAAGACGGGCAAGAGCGCAGGCACCGUCUCCAUCGCGGCAACGGGCGUGACGGCCAACGAGUUCCUCGACAGCGGCUGCCGCGACGUGAUCUUCCUGUACGCGCGGGGGUCGAACCAAGACGGCAACAUCGGCGGCUCGCCCGGCCCGCAGACCAUCGACGCGCUGAAAGCCGCUCUCGGCAGCGGCCGCGUCGCCGCGCAGGGCAUCGAGUAUCCCGCGAGUCUCCUGGACAACAUCCGUCCGCAGGGCUGCGAUCCCGCGGACGCAGAGGACUUCAAGGAUCUGAUCACGAAAGCCGCGACCGACUGCCCCAACUCCAAGCUCGUGCUCUCCGGGUACAGCCAGGGCGCCGCGUUGGUCCACGCCGCGGCCAAGAUGCUUUCUGCGUCCGUGGCGAGCAAGGUCGCUGCUGCCGUCACGUAUGGCGACACGCGCAAGAAGCAGGACGGCGGCGUCGUGCCGAAUAUUGAUCCCUCGCGGUCACUUAUACUGUGUCAUGAUGGCGAUCUGGUGUGCUCGGGCACCCUGAUCGUUACGGACAACCAUUAUGAUUACGACGACUUGGCUGGUACUGCUGUUAGCUUCAUUGCUAGCAAGGUAUAGGGGAUGUGAUGCGAGAAAAGGGGGCUAUGGAGUUUGGAUAGCUGGGAUUGGAUAUACUUGGAUAGCGUAUAUACUUCGAAUGAUAAUUUAAUGAUUGUGUACAUGAACCCUGUGAUACCUUCAUGAUUACCUC